AUGUGUGAGGAUUCUAAUACCAUGCUUGAGGAGAAUGAUUAUUUGGGGUGUUAUAGGGCAGAGGCACCGAAGAGUUAUAUGACGAAAGGUUGGGAGAGUUAUAUUCAUUCUGAAGGCCAAAAGUUUCAGGUUUGGUAUGGUACGGAGUUGGCAAAAACAGCCCUACAUGGUGAUGAAGCUGAUUCUUAUGCUCAGCUAUUUUGGUUCAGUGAGUGUGUUAUGAAGUCAAACCCCGACUCUAGGAUAGUGAUUGAGUUUCAUCGAGAAACACACAGAUUUCAGCGUAUGUUUGUGACGUAUGGUGCAUGGAUGAAGGGUUUUCAAUCUUGUAGACCUAUUCUUUUUAUUGAUGCUACAUUCAUUACCAACAAGUACAAGGGGCAGAUUAUUGCUGCAUCGGCAAAGGACGCAAAUCAAGAUUCUGAAAAUGAGAGUAAUUGGAGAUUUUUUCUUGAGGUUUUGGCUGAAGAGUUGGCAAAACACCCUAUGAGGAGGGUGACGUUCAUUUCUGAUCGUCAUGUUGGGCAUGUUAGUGCUUUCCCUAGAGUGUUUCCUAAUAAUCCACAUGGGUUUUGUUUUAGACACCAGAUGUCUAACCUUUCUGACAAAUUUCCAGCUGGUUCUUACCUCAAGGAUCGGAUUCCUUACUUGUUUAUGUGUUGUGCUUAUUCUCGCACACCAGAGAUGUAUGAGUUCAACAUGGAAAUCUUGAGGAGUGAAGGCGAUGACAUAGUUGCUCAAUUUCUGGAGGAUCUUCCCAAGGAGAACUGGUGUAUGGCUUACUUUAAUGGCGAAAGAUUUGGUGAAAUGACAAAUAACUUGGCUGAGUCUUUCAACAAUUGGGUGUUGCCUUUGAAGAGUCUUCCUAUUCUUGAUAUUAAUGAUGGGAUUAGAGUGAAGUCCAUGGCUUCAAUUGCUGCUCGGAAGGAGGAUGCGCAGGAAUGGUCUUCUGAGUUGUGCCCGGCAAUUCAAAAGAAGCUGAAGGAGAAUUUGGAAGUCGGAAGACAUUGGAGAGUGAGCAGGUCUGAUACCUAUGUGUAUGAAGUUCACUGCCAGAAGUACAAUAGCAUGGUUUUUAAUAGUUACAUGUACAGUGACAUAACCAUUUUCUUUAGAUUUACAUUGACUUGUCCAUUGACAUUAGUAUUUAGUUAUCUUGGCAGUGACUUGGUCAAUGACUUGUAG